GCAAGCACGGUGAGGAAAUGCCCAUGAGUGUCAAGUCGAGGCUGCUGUUACACUUGUGCCUUUUAAUAUUGUGAAUCAUCGCAGGCUUGAGGAAACAGUGUUUGCACUAUGAUUUUGAUUGAUAUGGGCGACUACUUACCUAGGCACUGACUAACCCAGAGUAUAGGCCGAGGGGGCUACCGUACGGUGCAGGAUGCGUACCUACCUGACCUAGAGGUAUCUACCACGUAAGGUACCUAGGUACCUAGGUAGGCUCAGGUGCCUGGGGCCCAUACGAACGACACAGGGUACCUGGUUUGCCUACUACCCACGCCCCUGCCCUCGACCCCCACACUGCGUCACCGACAUCGAGACCAACUCACAUGUCAUCGAGUCUUUCAGCCCAAGAACACAAUGACCGAGAGGGCCUAUUCAAUGGCCUGACAAGGUCACUUGUUUCAGGGGACGUUAGCGAGGCUCUGGAGGGCCGAGGGGCGUACUCCGUACUGCCCGUGUAACUCAAAGGACCACUCAGCCACUGUAGGAGUACCCCUCGGGCCCUAACCCCUCACCCAUAUCACUAUUUGCCUGUGUGCAUGUUCGGCCUUACCUCAUCCCGCUCAUUUAUCUUCGCCUCUCGGCCCCCUCUUGGUGGGUGGGGUAGACUCCACACAAUUCCAUUUGUUUUUUCAAUCCCAAGUUACACCGACAGAAGUCAUAUCGUAGAUUGUCGGCGUCCACCUGGGAAUGUACCACAGCAUAUACCCAGCAUUUCCCAGCAUUUCCCAGCAGUUCCCAGCAGUUCCCUGUCUUCAUUAUUGGAACCCAAUACCCAUUCUUCACGCCGUCCGCGUUGCACAACGUCCCCCCACAGACCUGUCAUAUCAUAUUCGCCAAUCUCUCGAGAGCAGCCUUCGUGUCCUUGACCGCUGCCAUUUCCUCCUCUUCGAGCAGCCUUUCGGGGUAAUUUGUCCCAAAAUCCCCUCCGACUGCAGGAUUGUCACCGUCGAUCCAUCGUCCUCCUUCGCCCUUGGCUCCAUCCCUGCCCUGACUGUUUUGGACAAUCGAGCCUACACUCAACCCGUUUGAGCACCUACCGAACCAAGUAAUUUUCGGUGCAGAGAUCCAACACAAUGGCAACCACGGUGGACAAGAUCAAGGAUAUCGAGGCCGAAAUGGCCAAGACCCAGAAGAACAAGGCAACAUCCUUCCACCUGGGUCAGUUGAAGGCCAAGUUGGCCAAGCUGAAGAGAGAACUCCUAACCCCAACUUCCUCGGGCGGUGGUGGCGGAAGUGGUUUCGAUGUCGCCAGGACGGGUGUGGCUUCAGUCGGUUUCAUCGGAUUUCCCUCUGUGGGCAAGUCAACCUUGAUGAGUCGUCUGACCGGUCAACACUCGGAGGCCGCUGCCUACGAAUUCACUACCCUCACCACCGUCCCUGGUCAGGUUCUGUACAACGGUGCCGCUAUACAGAUGCUCGACUUGCCUGGUAUCAUUCAAGGAGCAAAAGACGGAAAGGGUCGAGGUCGCCAGGUCAUCGCCGUGGCCAAGACAUGCCAUCUCAUCUUCAUCGUCCUCGAUGUCAACAAGCCGUUGACGGACAAGCGAGUCAUCGAGUCUGAAUUGGAAGGCUUUGGGAUACGUAUCAACAAGGAGCCUCCCAAUAUCGUCUUCAAGAAAAAGGACAAGGGUGGCUUGAACAUCACCAGCACUGUCCCUCUGACACACAUUGAUCACGAUGAGAUCAAAGCCGUCAUGAAUGAAUACCGAAUCCUUUCUGCCGACAUUGCCAUCAGAUGUGACGCCACCAUUGACGACCUGAUCGAUGUACUCGAAGCCAAGAGCCGAAGUUAUAUACCCGUCAUAUAUGCCCUCAACAAGAUCGACGCCAUCUCCAUCGAAGAGCUCGACCUCCUCUACCGCAUCCCCAACGCCUGCCCCAUCAGCUCUGAACACGGUUGGAACAUCGAUGAAUUGUUGGAGUUGAUGUGGGACAAGCUCCAACUCAAACGAGUCUACACCAAGCCCAAGGGCAAACAACCCGACUAUUCCGCUCCUGUAGUCUUGAGGAAGAAUGCGUCGACCGUUGAAGAUUUUUGCAAUGCCAUCCACAAAACAAUUGUGGAACAAUUCAAACAUGCCAUCGUGUAUGGACGUUCAGUCAAGCAUCAGCCCCAACGAGUCGGACUGUCACACGAACUGGCGGAUGAAGACAUCAUCACCAUCAUCAAGAAGUAAAUGCAGCCAAGGUCCCCCAUGGCGAGCUUAGGUCUUGGACCGUCUUCCUGGACAGCCACGACAGCUCAACUACUUGGAUUGACCUUUGCAUCGCUGGUGCACCGUGGAUGUCUGAGGUACCGCAUGCGUAUUUAAUCUGGAGAUCGGCCGGAUUUUGUCUCGUAGGUUAGAUCCGCAGCCGCGCUAAAUAGUUUCCGCAUCCCCGAAGCUAUUUGCUCGCGUCCGGAUCUCGAGGGGUAUCGUCCACUACCGUGAUCAGCGUCAGGGGUUGGACCGAUGGUUACAUUUGGAGUCUUUGACACAGCGCUGCCACACCUGCCAAAAGGACCGCGCCGCUGCAACCACGCACCCACCUCUCUCAUGGCUUCAAGGUCAUGUAUACGCACAUGCGUGCUCGACGUUUCACCAGCAUCGUGUGACUGACUCGGCGGUUGGGAUGGUGUGUCUACGAUACGCACUCCAAAUUACAAUACCAGGGGUCAUGGGAAUUCUCACUGCCUCUAAAGGCAUUUCUCCCCCACUGUCAACGAGCUGUGAAUCUUGGGAAUGAAUAGCUGGGCCUGUGCCUUGGGAUCAGGCUAGAUGCAUACACAUAUGGCCGGUGCCAGGGUCGCUCCCAGCCUCUAUAACAGGUCGAUGACGGCAGCACACUUAUGUGUGUGCCAACGGGAUACUACUGACGACGUCGGAUCGGCGCUCCUGCUUGGAUGAAAAUAACAAUCAAUGGGAGAGCAUCAAAGGCGUUAGGCCGCAGCAUGCGGUGCGAAGCUGCUGUUUCAUUCGACGAAGUUUUGCGAGACUGAGGAGAACUCCAGUGCUUGACCGGGAUAUAGACGCGCCAGAGUUUGACGAGUGCGAGCUGUGCUGAACAGCCAAUCGAGGGCAGCAUGGCAUUGAAAAUUCAAGACUCAGUCACGGACAAGGCCUUGAAGUGCGCAAGCACGAGCGGGAGUGGCAGGGUGGCAAUCACGGCAGGCUAUGUCCAUAACUUAAUGCAGCUGCAGGUCUCUCUGUACUCUGGGGCGGCACUGUCAGCGAGAGGCGGCUUUUUGACACGAGACUGUCGAAUGCACGCCCCAAAGCUCCCACAUGACGCCACCGAAGCAAUAUGCAAUAUAUGAGGGUCUAUGCACAGCAGGCCACGGGAAAAUUACAUCUCGAACGCUGGUUAUGGAGGGUCAGACGGCCUGGCGAUUCGUGUGCAGAGAUGCCUAUUCUGUACACCGCCAAAGAGGUGUCCGCGCUUAUGAUUGAAGAUGUGGACUCUGGGUGAAGGCUGCCUUGAAUGGGAGGACAACCCUUGAAGGCUCUAUGGAAGGAAUGUGUUUGACCACUAUUACUGCUUGCGAGGUUCAAGGGUGUUCUGUUCCCUGAAGCUCUUAUGAGGUGGCAUUGGUCAUGUCGAGCACUGUCUUUGGCUUCAGGAUGGCUUAGAGCUACGCUACUGUAGGUACUGUUUGGGACAGGUGUGCCAGGGGCUCCCACAAACGAGUCCUGUCUACUGGUGGAGUUCCCGCCCAAUCCUCCUGCCCCAGAUAUCUAACGGCUUUGUCCGCUAACGAGAGAAGACUGGGAUGGAGAUGGGGAUGGAUAUGGGGAUGGGGAUUUGUAUGGGAUGGGAUGGAGAUGCGGUGGUCAUAACUUGUAGGGGUAAUGAAUGUCCAUGGAGCAAAGGGUCAUGAUGAUGACUGAUUUGGGCCGCACCUGAGACAUAUUUGCCUGAGGGUUUUGUCACGCAACAUUGACCAUCUUAGGCUUGUCUCUGUAAAUGUCACGGGCGAGGUAUGGGAAGCAAAAUGAGUCUGCUCUACUCUGCUCUGCAUCCCUCCCAUGGAGACUCAAGACCGUGAACACGGGCUAUCGUUUGUCCGUCGUCAUCGUUGCCAUUAGAGUGCAUGGGGACUUUUCAAUUCCCUUGACAUGUUGGAGAUGCCAAUACCAUUGCUAUCCAUGGAGGCCAGUCUCUUCUGUUGUAUAGGCUAUCGACUGACUGAGAAUGAGGAGGGACGGACGAGGGUGCUUGGCCUAAGAUUGCCUGAGAUAUUAGGUCUCACAGUCGUCAUGUUAGGCAGAGAGCAGCACGGGGAGGUAAUUUAGGUAGGGUGAGAGGUAGGGUAGGAGGGACCCUCGGGAUAUUAUUGGUGAGGUUGCAAAGCCCUCAAGCUUCUCGUUAAAAGUCCCAUGUCCAUUCAGGCUAGGGAAAUGGUUAGGUAGGUACUAGGUAGGUAGGGAGGUAAGGUACCUAGGUACACUAUACCACCCCCAACCAUCCAAAUUCACCGGCGACAUUGCUACAAAUGUCUUGCGCUAGCACUUACAAGUAGGCAGCAUCUCCACAC